GCAUUGGCAUCCUAUAUUUAGUUACGUACGGCAUUUCUGACGUGUUACACGUAAUGUAAAAAAUAUAUAACGAAUUUGAAAAUGUAAACAAACAUUUUGUGUGUAGCGUAUGUGUGGAAACAAGUUUUAUUCAAGCAAAAUGUCGGUUCCUUCUAACAAUGUCGUGCGUUUGAUUGCAUUUGUGUUAUGUGUGAAUUUAUUAGGUGUUUUAUGUUCGUCUAUCAAAGAGCAUCAACACGUUCAUUGUACUCAUCAACACCCAAAAGCGGACCAAGUAGUCCGAGGUGUCCACAUCGAGCCAGCUCACAUAGUCAAGAAACGUAGCAUAGACCAACCAUUAAGAAUAAGCAUAUACUACGACCAUUCUGUGUAUAGGUUAGAAUCGGAGAAGUUUUUAAUGAUUAAUGACACAAUUCUCCCUGAAGCCGUAAAAUUUUGGGAGCAAGCGCUGAAAGUGAGGAAGACUGGAGGGCCUAUCAAAUUAAAUAGGAAGUGUCCCACAAGGCAAGUGUUCGUGAGAGACGGCAGAUCACACUGCAUAGACCAGUGCAAUGCUGAGACCAUGUGUGGCGAAGUGAGGGUACCAGAGAAACAUCUGAAUCCUUGCUACGUGUGCAACAGCACAGGACAUGACUGCAGGAUUCUCCCUCGUCAGAAAGAAGCCAGGAUCGAGACAACCACAGACGGCUUCAACAACGAAACGGAAACACCAGCCACCGUUGAUGAUGAUGAGGAGGAACCUCAAGGAGUAGAAGACACGGAUUUCGUACUAUACGUGAGUGCGGUGGAGACAGAGAGAUGUCGGCGAGGUCUUACUGUGGCUUACGCGUCGCAUUGUCAGCAAGAAUCUGCUUUGGACAGGCCAGUAGCAGGACACGCGAACUUCUGCCCAGGAGAGUUGUCGACCAAGUCCAGGGACCUACCGUCCGUGCUGUCGACCGUCAAACAUGAAAUGCUCCACGCGCUCGGAUUCAGCGUGUCCCUAUUCGCUUUCUACAGAGACGACGCCGGCGAACCACUCACAGAACGACGACCAGACACAGGAAACCCACCUUUAGAUGAAGAAUUACAAAUCCACAAAUGGUCUGAUCGCGUCGUGAGGAACUUCACGAGGAAUUGGAUGGUGAGAGGAGGCUACAUGCAGAGAACAUUUAAGAUGAUUGUCACUCCGAGAGUUGUUAGAGAAGUUCGCGAGCAUUUCAACUGCUCGGAGUUGGAAGGUGCUGAGUUGGAAGACCAGGGCGGCGACGGCACCGCCUUGACGCACUGGGAGAAAAGAGUUUUCGAAAACGAAGCUAUGACAGGCACACACACACAAAACUCAGUGUUCAGCAGGAUAACGUUCGCUAUGAUGGAAGACACUGGAUGGUACAGAGCUGAAUACAGCCACGCGACCCCACUGGACUGGGGCAAGGGGCUCGGCUGCAAAUUCGCACGGACCUCGUGCAAGGAAUGGCUGAACACUCAAAGGUUGAGUCGGAAGAACCCAGCACCAUUUUGUGAGAGGAUCAAAGGCAACCCGUUGAGGACAGAAUGCUCUCCAAGGAGGACUGCUGUGGUGCUCUGCAACCUCGUUAAGCAUGAUAAUAUGCUGCCAAGAAUGUAUCAGCAUUUCGACGUCCUUCCUGGUAUAGUGCCGAGCGAGGUGGCGCAUUACGGGGGCUCGGUGUCCCUCGCGGAUUACUGUCCCUAUCUCCAGGAGUUCACCUGGAGACACAAAGGGGAGCUGGUGAGAGGAAGCAGGUGUUCCUAUGAGGAGAAUACGCCAAAGGUGGACGUCAAUUUCGCGCUAGAGAACUACGGGAAGCAUUCAAAAUGCUUCGAUCACAGCGAUAAAGUGUGGGAGCAGAAGUCUUGCCGACAGCUCAGAGAGUGGCAACAUUGGGGCUCUGGGUGUUACAAGUAUAAAUGCCAGAGCGGAAGACUGCACAUCGUUGUGGGUAACUACACUUACACGUGUUUCCACGCUAACCAAGUCCUGCAAGUGAGGAUUAUCAAGGAUGGCUGGCUGCACAAGGGGGGAGUCAUCUGCCCCCCCUGUAGAGAGGUCUGCGCGGAAGAGUUUAAGGCAAGAAAAGAAUACUGCAAGGGCGGAGAAGAACCUUUACCACCGAAUUUAUAUCCAAACGAUAUUUUAAAAUGCGGCGCCGCGGCUGUCUCGCCGGCCGCCAUCUUGGCAAUCAGCGCCAUCUUGUUUAGAAUAUUUUAAUGUUGAAUAGAAAUGUUAUUUGUGUGUUGCGGUCGGCAAAAAUAUAUUCUGAAUACAUUGACGUAUAUCCUAUAGACACGAACGUCCAUAUAAACUAUUUGUUCAAAAUCUGAACUAAAAUGGAAAUCAAAACGUCUCUGUUAUAACCUAUUUAUUCACUUAAAUAACAAAUAAUUUUACUUAUUGGACUAAUAUUUUUAAUUCACAUCCAGUUUUAAACUUAACAAUUCAGUUGAACAUUGAAUGUUCGGAACGCCAAAUCUAGUACGUAGUACAUAUAUGUCGAUGAUUUAAACCAAUAUACUAGACCAGAUGUAUAGAACUUCAAGACUCUAUCACAGAUUGGACAAUUAAAAAGCGAUGUACCCUUGGGCUUAUACAAGGUCAUUUUGACAUUGCGUUACUAAAUGAAACCACAUACUCGUCUUCACCUUUGAUGACAUUGUGCCUAUGUUAAAUCUUAAAACAUAGUUAAAAAGUCAUUUAUGAAUUUUUAACUAAGAUUUAUAUCACUUUAUCGCUUAUAGUUUGUUCAGAAAGAAAGUGGCCGAAAAGUGAAUUAACUUUCGGUUUUUACAUGCAACACUUCCCCGCCAUUUGGUAAAUGUUAAACUCAUUGUCAUGUAUUGCCUUGUUAUAAACGAUCUUGCGUGUUCUUUUUAAGGUUUUUUGUAUAGAAACAUACUAGACUAGGGGAUCGUCCUGUGUUUGAUUUUGUACAUUAUUCUAUAUGUAAUAGUUAAUAAUACGAAAAAGAAACCCUCCUGCGAAAACUGUAUUAAAAUUGGUUAAAAAAUGAGCGAGUAAUACAUAUUUCAAAUAUUACUGUGUGCCGAAGCGGGCGCGAAGUGGGGAUAUCGCUUCAUCUCUUUCUUUCGCACGCGUCGUAAUGCCCGAUUACGUCACACGUGGGUAUUGCGCCUCUUUUCUGUUUCUUGUUACCCCUUGUACCGAAAUACUUAUUCGCAUCGUAACGUGUUACAAGAGCCCCUCCCCCGCAAAUUGCGUUACGUAACACUUGUACGGGCCCUUAACACGGCAGUAUAGUCGCCAUCGCAUCAAAAUUACCUGGAUAAGGCGAAUGUAGACUCAAAGCCAACGUGGAAGACGUCCAGAGCUUUUUAAUUAGUCUAUGGUAUGUUAUUUUUAUCGUGAAUUAUUGGUGUAGACGAGCGGUUUUUUAAACGCUGAAAUUAACCAUCGUAUUGUCAUUGUAUUUAAAUGUUUGAUUAAUUUAACGGUAUGUUAACUGAACAUUAUGAUUGUAUAAGUUGGUUUUUAUUUCAACAAUUAAAAACAAUGCAAUUACCAAUUCGUAACAUAAAUAGACUUAAGUUAUGAGAUUAUGAUAAAUAAGAUUAAGGUAAAUAUUCGGACAAGUCAGCGUUUAAAAAAAACGCCCGUCUACUCCAGACUCGGAUUCCUGAGCCAGAAACAACACUGGACCAACAAACUGUAAAUAUUCUUUAAGUAUACUAAUUCUAAGACGUGUUCCUAACAUUGACUAUUUGAAAACAUUAAAGAUGGUUUAUAAUAGUACUUAAUACAGUAACUUGCUGCGGUGUAGUACUGCUGACUCUACUGGUCGGCUAAAGUGAUAUAGAGUUUUCCUGCUCAGUAAUAGAGUCUGAAAUUGUGCCAGGUGAAUUGCAAUAAGGUUGAUUCCUGAGACUGUAUAGCUGACGAAAUCUGGGUGUGAUGACAUAGCUACCUAUCUUAUGGAACAGAAAUAAUGGGCGAUGAUUUACUCCACUAGUUUUUAAUUACCAAAAAUAAAAAAGCGUUAUCUGUUAUAGUUCCUAAACACGUAUUUCAAAAAUAUACAAUGUCAUAAAAUUAUCCCUGAAUAUUCUUUUGUCAAAUUUCCAUUAAUAAUUCUGGUUUUCUAACGUCUAUUAAUAUAACUUGAUAUACCAUCAUCAGCCAGUUGCAGUCCACUGCUGGACAUAGGCCUCUCCCACACGCCAGAGUCCAGUCUGCUGCUUCAUGCAUCAAGUUACUGCCAGCUCUUGUGUAAGUCGUCCCGCCAUUUGCCUAGAAGGCGUCCCACGCCAUGUUUGCCAAUAUCACAUUUAAAUAUAUGUUUGUUUUCCAAGUUUACGUUUACUCGAUAUGUACCAAGACAUACAACAAUUAUGAAUUUAAAAAAUCAAUUUAUGACAUUUUCUACGAAUGUAUGAAACUGAAUAUCACAGGCUUUGGAUUUUUCAUACUUGUGACAUACAAUAGACGUUUGUUGCUUCUUUGUAAAGUUUUCUGUUAAUCUUAACAGUGCUGUUGGUUACAUGUUUAUUAAUAUACAUGUGUAAUUUUACUCUUUAUUUAUUUAAUGUGUUUGUUUUCUGUUUCUCUUGAAAUAAAACAACUAUUAGACUGUAUAGUACUUACCAUCCUUAAAUUGGGGAUCAUCUAGUCAAUGUGAGGAACUAAUCAUUUUAUUUACACUUAAAUGUGCGGUCGUAUGCCAUAACUUAAUUUAUUUUAUUACUAUAUUCUAUUCUCGAUAUGGUAAAAUUGUACAACGAUACGUCAAUACAAGAGAAAGUCUAAAGCAAUUUAAAAAGAAUUUUCAUGGUAUGAUAUAAUUGUCAAUCAUAAGUAAUAACCAUACUGAUGGAUGAGAAAUUAUAAUUUGAUAGAAACAGUGGCGUCGCAAGGUAACCAAAGGCUCAACUAAACUAUUUAAAAUCGUUUAUUCCGUAGUCGUAUUCCGAAUUCGACGUACUCCAUAUUUGUCGUAAUCUCGAUUCGUCGUAAUAAAUAGUCGACUCCAUAAGAAAAUUAAAAACCAAUUACAAUUUAUAGACGAAGUCAGAGUCUGAGGGGACCCGGGGCGCUGCUCCGUCUAGCCCUCCGAUAGCUACGCCACUGAAUAGAAAUUUGUCCUAAACAACUCAACAGAGUAUUUUGAAAAGUUAUGGAGUAUGUUUUCACUAUUCAUUGGUAUUACUACUGUUUAUCUUACAGAACGACAAAAUAAUAUCGUCAUUUAGUAGCACAAAAACACGUUAAAAAGCCUAGAUUUUAGUUACAGCGAACUUUUUUUAAGACUUGUUAAACGUAACGCUGGAUUUACAAGCUAGCCUUUAUAUAGACUUGAUAAAUUCACUAAAAUAUAUAAAAUAUGAAACGCUUGCGGUUUUGAACGUAGUACAAUUUUAUUAUAAAUUUAAAACUAGGGCGAGGGCGUUUCGACGCCGCGUUUUGGCGUCAAAACGUAGCGUCGAAACGCCCGUCUGCAUCCGAACUGUAAAUAUUAGUACUUAAGUGUAUGUCGGUGCUUCAAUUGUGAUUUACUUCAUUCCUAUGUUAGAUUUUUUUAUUUUCAUUUAUUGUUGUUUUUCGGCGAAAUUUUAUUUGAUUCGUUGCAAACAUAUUGUGUUGAUGUAAAAGAAAUUGUUUUUCGAGUUUGUCUAUAGUGAAAAAUAUGUUUUAUAUGUAAAUUUUUAAUUAUAUUUAGUUGCUAGUAUUUUUCAGUCAUAAAUUAAAAUGAUUUAUUUUACUUAGUAUAUUUAAAUUCUUAGAUUUUAUAGUUUCAGAUUCCAUUGACACAAUAUUUUUGCAAAAAAAAAAUUAUCACUUAAAUUCAAUGUCGGUGUAAGCAUUGUACUGAUUUAUAUUUAAAAAUAUAUAUUUUGUAAAUUA